GGAGAGAACAGCUUGGUGACCAGCUUAGGGGCUGUUGGGCAAAUUGCCUGAUAGGUACAGUAAUGGGAUGUCAUAUUUAAAAAUCCAGAGAAAGAGAAAGAAUGAAUCCUAUCUUCCCAAGCAAGGUGUGUGUAUGUAUGCAUCUGUGUGUUGGGAAACCUGUUGCAGCAGGUCUCUCCCUGCCAUGGUUGUGUGGCUCCUGUAGGUUGGCUCUGAGCCAGAGGGAGCGAUAUCUGUUAACACUGUUUCAGCUGAAACUUCAUUUAGCACAGUGAGUUCGAUCAUUUUGCACAGUGAGCUAGAGUAGAGAGUUAAAGAACAAGAGGGAAAGACAGACAGGUCAAGAGCCCUUCCUAAGCAGCUUUAAGGGGGCGUUCAUGUUUGUGGGUGUGCAUGUGAAUGAUAUGCUUAUUAUGGGCUGAAGCAUGCGAAAGUCUGAAUGGAACAAGAUCUGAGGAGGGCAUUUGCUAGAUAUACUGUAAGGCUCUUACUGUAAGUGAACAGAGACAGCGUUUCCAGUAACUCACCUGUGGACACGUGUCUUACUUGUUCUGUGAUCAGGGUUCAUCUUACUGGGGACAGAUGUCUACAAAUCCAGGAUCUUUCUCAUCUGCAGUCAGCAGCAGCCUACCCAAAAGCAUUCAGGAUGCACUGCUGGAAUCACCCAGUCUGCAAGUGCCACGGUCACAGUGUCUGAAAUCCAGCAGCGCUCAGGGCUCUGUCACCAGCUCUCAGAGAGACAGCGUCCUCUACAGGCUGAAGAGUGGGGCUGCAGAGCACUUCAGAAGACACAGUGUGGAUGGGAGUUGUAUGGACCUGGAGUCCGAAUCAAGCAAGGACAAGCGCUAUCACCCUUAUGGGAGGCAGUACAGUGAUGGAGAAGUCAUUGGAUCUUCGCUGUAUUGCUGCCUCAGGGAGAGUAAACUAUCAGAAUCCCUUACUCCAGCUAACACUGACAUCACAGACCUACAAGAGCAGAAUUGCUGGACUUCACUCAGCACCACUUUACAGUCCUCUAUGUUUAUGGGAGCUGAAGAGAGCACGGAUCAAAUGCAAAACAGGCCUGAGGAUCCACCUAAUUAUUCCUCGUCUACCCACAGUGCAUACAGCACCCUCAGGCCCCUGCACCAACAGUUUCCAGGCGAAUAUUCAUCGGGAGGACUAGACGUCAGCUCAUGCUAUUCUUACCAAAGCCUCUCUCCACAAACCAGUCGAGAUGGUUCAGUCCAGCCGCAAUACCCCAAACCCAUCUACUCCUAUAGCAUUCUUAUUUUCAUGGCUCUGAGGAAUAGCAGGACUGGCAGCCUGCCUGUGAGUGAGAUCUACAGUUUCAUGACAGAGCACUUCCCCUACUUCAAGACAGCACCCGAUGGCUGGAAGAACUCAAUCCGUCACAACCUCUCCUUGAACAAGUGCUUCGAGAAAGUUGAGAACAAGAAGGGGAACUCGUCACGGAAGGGCUGCCUGUGGGCUCUCAACCCAGCCAAAGUGGAGAAGAUGCAAGAAGAACUGCAGAAGUGGAGGAGGAAGGAUCCUGUGACAGUACGAAGGAGCAUGGCCAGACCAGAGUUACUGGAUCAUCUUCUGGGUGAUAGACCAGAGAAGCCCAGGUCCCUGUCUGCCCACCUCAGCAACCACACCCACUCUCAGUUUCCCAGAGUCAGCCUGCCUCCCCCAUACACACCCACUACUCACCAAAGAAGACCAUACUACAGUUAUUACACUUUACCAUCACAAACUGUCUCCCAGCAGCUCCCAUACCUGCCCUCUAGUCCCCCAAGCUUCUCAUUCUACCCCUCCAUUCCCCAGCAGCCCAGCACACAGUUGCCACCUAGGACUGGCAGCCUGGACUCACCCUUACCUGCACAAACACCGCCAAGCUACAGUGCUGCUCUACAGGCCAGCCACAGUGCUUUGGGCAGCAUGCAGGAGCUCCUCAUGGAGGGGGACCUGAGUAAUGACGUAGACAUGCUCAAUCCAAGCCUAACGGACCUGCAACUCCAUGGUUAUCUCUGGGAGGAGCUCAGGAAUGACAGUUUGGCUUCAGACCCAUUGACGCUUAUGGACAUGUCCACCAUGUCUGACCAGCUCAGCCCUGAUCAUGUCGGGGAUUAUGGGAAGGGCUGUGUCUCAGGUAGUGGAGAGGUAAACACAGCUGGAUCAGAAGCAGCACUGCAGGGGAGUGUUUCUGAUCUCUACAUCACUGGACUCUGUUCAAGCAACUUCACCAGUGCAGACAACAUGUCAGGUCUCCAUCCCACCAUGACAAACACUCCGAUUGCCCUGCUUUGAAGCGCUGUUUUCAUUACAAAACCCUGUUCUACACUAAAAUUCAUAAUC